AUGCAAGUUGACGAUACAUUUGUCAAGGAGAUGUUCCUAGAACGUCUGCCCGCAGAUGUUCAAACGAUCCUGACGUCCGGCUCUCAAGAUCUUACGGUCUCGCAGCUGGCUGAGAUGGCGGAUCGAAUGAUAGAGGUUCAGCGGUUCCAGUCACCUUCCGUUGCCCAGAUUUUCUUAUCUUCAUCGUCAGUAAAUGAAAAUUUAGUGAAACAGGUGUCGGCCAUGGCGGAUGAGAUGGCCUCCCCUAAAAUACAGCUCACUCGCCUUUCUUCCAGUCGCUCACGCAGCCAACGUCGUUCUCGUUCGCGACCUCGGACUGCUGAUACUUGCUGGUAUCACACUAAUUUCGGCGUAAAGGCCCGUCGCUGUUCCUCACCCUGCUCUUUUAAACCGAAACAGGGAAACCAGUCAGCAAGAGAAUAGAUGCGACCGUUUUCUCUAGCUCUUCCGGCUCUGGUCGCACCUUCUAUGCUUGCGACACUGCGACUCGCAGACGUUUCCUGGUGGACACUGGAGCCCAAAUCAGUGUUGUUCCCCCAACUGCAGCUGAUCGUCGUUUCCCUAGCCCUGGUCUUCACCUCCAAGCUGCUAACUGUUCCCCCAUUCCCACUUUUGGCUGUCUGUCCCUCACCCUGAACAUUGGCCUUCGUCGGUCAUUCACCUGGAUCUUUGUGAUUGCUGAUGUCCCUCAUGCAAUCCUCGCCUCGGACUUUCUUGCCGAGUUCGAUCUCCCUGUUGACUGUCGACGUGUCCAUCUUCUCGACCGCAUAACUGGUCUGUUUGUUUGUUGACUGACUCCCUUUACUGCCCCCACCAACUUAUCUGUCUUGGAUACAGAUAUUGCUAGUCCUUUUCGGCAGCUGCUUCUUAGUCACCCCAACAUAAUUAACCCCCAGUUUCGCAGUAGUGAGGUUCAACAUGAUGUUGUGCACCAUAUCCGCACCUCAGGUCCUCCGGUGUUUUCCGACCGAGACGACUAGCACCGGAGCGUUUCCAGGCCGCGAAGGCGGAGUUUGAACACAUGCUACAACGGGGCAUCAUUCGACCGUCCGAGAGCCCUUGGGCGUCCCCACUGCACAUGAUGCCCAAGACAAAAUCAGGCGACUGGCAACCCUGUGGCGACUAUCGAACCCUCAACAGCGCUACCAUUCCUGAUCGGUACCCCGUGCCUGUUCUUCAGGACAUUGCUGGAGCCCUUUUCGGCAAAGCGGUUUUCUCGAAGAUUGAACUGGUGCGUGCUUUUCAUCAGAUUCCAGUCGCCCCUGAGGACAUCCCUAAAACCGCCGUCACCACACCCUUCGGUCUCUUUGAGUUCAUCCGCAUGCCGUUCGGUCUUCGUAAUGCCGCCCAAACGUUCCAGAGGUUCAUCGACCAUGUCUUACGUGGCCUACCCUUCGUGUACGCCUACGUUGAUGAUCUCUUUGUGGCCAGCCGGAAUGAAGAAGAACACAAAGAGCACCUUGCCUUGAUGUUUGACCGCCUCGACAAGUUUGGCGUUGUCAUCAGCCCUUCCAAGUGCGUGUUGGGUGUGCCUUCACUCGAGUUCCUCGACCAUUAG